CCGGAAGUGCCAUUGUUUUGUAGCUUUUAGCAGGCAACACCAGCGACUGUAUCGUUACCCAAAUUAGUCGACUUUUUUUUUUUUACCGGCACAGAAGUAUCGUUACCCAAAUUAGUCGACUUUUUUUUUUAACCGGUAGAGAAGUGUUUGUGCCACGGCUAAGCAAGCAAACAUGCCGACGGACACUCUGAACAUAGAGUCUCAGCUCUCUUCCAUCAUGGACGUCCUGGUGAAAGCGGCGGUGUUAGAAAUAAGUCAGCUCUUCUCGGAGAGCUCGUCGUCCCUGCGGCUGCACCUCAACCAGAGCCUGCGGGACAACGAGAACCUGAGGACGAGGAUGAAGGUGAUGCGGGGCGAGCUCUUCUCCCUCCGCCUGCAGACCAGAGCCAACCGGCCGCUGAGUCGCGUCGCCACCUUCAAGGCGAACGCGCCCAAAGCCCGCAGCAAAACAACAGUUGUCCUAAAGCCACCUGCCGCCCAAGAAACUCCUUCCACCUCAGUGCAUCUACAGGCUGAUACGUGCCCUCCUGAAACUAAAGAGUUUCAAGUUGAAGAGACUCCGGACAUCAUCCUGAUCAAAGAUGAAGAUGACACCGCAGGAUGCGAUCCAAGUCAAAGUCAGAAGAACCGUGCACAAACACAGAACACGGAGCCCGUCGGAUCCUCCCGCCACACAGAAAGUAACGAGGAGCUGAGGAUCGUGAGCGUCCACGGACGAGGACAAGGGCCUCUGCAGGACGAGAUGGAUAUUGUCUUUGCCGCGAAUGACCAGGAGGUUUUCAGCACUCAGGAUCUUGCAGUCACUCACGACGGUUUCAUGGGCGUCCCCCUCGGUGCCGGCGAUCGAGCCACAAUGCGAGGGAUGCAGGACGAGAGGAGCGGCCAGUUGGAACGACUUUCUUCCUCUCAGGUCGCUACCGGCAACGGAGGACAUCCCAGUCACGCCGGCCACUUCCCGCCGCUCCCCGCCGUCCAGUCCCAAACCGUCAGCAAGUCCCUGGACUGCAGCUUCUGCGGCAUGCUCUUCGCCAGCCGCGAGGACCUGAUCGUGCACCGCGCCGCCCACACGGGGGAGCAGCCCGUCUCCUGCGCCAUGUGCGGCAAGUCCUUCGCCAACAAGACCACGCUGGGCAUCCACAUGCGCAUUCACACGGGGGAGAAGCCGUACGCCUGCUCGCUGUGCGGCAAGCGCUUCACGCAGAGCGGCAGCCUGAAGAUACACCUGAGGACGCACUCCGGGGAGAAGCCCUACUCCUGUUCUCAGUGCACGGCCAGCUUUAACAACCCCAGCAACCUGCGCCGGCACAUGUUCACGCACAACUCUAACGGCUCCAUCUGGCCGUGAAAUCUUUUUUUUUUUCUGGUCUUUAUUUGUCUCAUUGUAGUUUUGACCUUUUUUCAGGAGUGAAAGGUCCCCUAUUAUUCUACCUAGUAAAUCUUAGAGGUCCCACGACAGUCCAGCCUUAAUAAUAAUGGCAUUUAGAUGGUUUAAAAGUGCUUAUAGUGCUCGACUGGGAACACACCAUGGCGUGUGUCUUUAGCUUUAAUAAUAAUAAUAAUACUGUCAGGUUCAAACACUGAUGACAUCUAUUAAACAAGACAAGAAGCAAAGAAUCAAACAGACAGAAUUCAAUUUGGCUCAAUUGAGGAGAGACGCCGGGACACAAAGAGUACAGUGUCCAGCACGCUCUGGCGAAAGAUUGUACGCCUCCUCCUUUAUUUGACUUUCCCUGACCACAUGACCACAGCUGCUUCCAAAAGGGAAGUGGGUCGUAAACAGCGUUGCCUUUGGUUACAGAACAGUUCAAAAGAAAAGGUCGUAAACACUUCACAGAAAAGGUCAUAAAACAGUUCAAAGAAGAGGUCGUAAAAGAGUUGAAAAAAAGAGGUCGCCUGGAGGGGAUUCUGGUCCUGCUUCCUCUCCGCUUUUGUAGUCCUCGGGUCAGACAAUAUCUUUCUGUUUGAUUGAUAAUACAUGAAAGAAACAGGAACACCUUCAUCUUGCUUCCCCCCCUACACAGUGGAGUUUUACGAGCCUUACCCUUGGUAGGUUUCAAAGACAGCUUUUGCUUCUCACCAAAGUUUUUGUGAUAACUUCGAAACAAUUAUUCUAACAAACACAUUUUACUUACAAGGCACCUUUCUGGGCACUCAAGGACACCGUACAACAUACUUGCCAACCCUCCCGUUUUUAGCGGGAGACUCCCGGUAUUCAGCGCCUCUCCCGAUAACCUCCCGGCAGAAAUUUUCCCCCGACAAACUCCCGGUAUUCAGCCGGAGCCGGAGGCCACGCCCCCUCCAGCUCAAUGCGGACCUGAGUGGGGGACAGCCUGUUCUCACGUCCGCUUUCCCACAAUAUAAACAGCUUGCCUGCCCAAUGACGUCAUAACAUCUACGGCUUUUAGAGAGUAGAGUGCACAACUGCGCACACAACAAGGAGACGAAGCAGAAGAACGAGGAAGUUACAGACAUGGCGACGCCGUCGACGAGCAAGAUGAAGAAAUACGCUUGCAAGUUCCAAAACGAAUGGAAACAAGAAUUUCAGUUCAUCCAGAACUGUUCGAAGGGGAAGGGUCAUGAACGGAGAAGUUAAACAGGACAAUACUGCCAUCUACUGGAUAGCCCCCGGAACACCGAAAUUUAAGUAUUUAUUUUAUUUAUAUGUAUAAUAAAAUAAAUAUAUAUACAUAUAUAUAUAUAUAUAGCUAG